CACUCCAUCAUGAAGUAACGCCAAGGAACACUACAAUGCCUUCCAGCACCCAAAAUGACUUACAAGUGAAGUGAAUGCCAAAAGUGAAAAUGCCGUAUCGAACAUUCAAUGCCAGCCUGCCCGACAUGAGUUGGAACGAGAGUGAAGUAUGGGGAGUGUCUCCCAUAGACCUGGAUGUGUUCUACAGACCAGAUGUGGUGAUUAUAGUGUUGUACGUGGCAGUGCUGACGGCGUCGCUGUCAGCCAAUACGCUGCUCAUCUUCAUUGUCAUCAAGUUCCAGUAUAUGAGAAGCGUCACCAACAUAUUCCUGGUGAACCUAUCGGUGGCCGACCUGCUGGUGACGCUGUUCUGCAUGCCGGUGCAGAUCGCCAAGUCCGUCACCCUCAUCUGGUACUUCGGGGAGGUUAUGUGCAAGACUGUCAACUUCCUUCAAGGAGUGGCCGUAGCCUCCUCCGUGUUCACCAUCACAGCGAUGUCGGUGGACCGGUACCUGGCCAUCACGCAGUCCCUCCGGCAGCCUUGGAUGCCGUCCCGGCGAGGAGCGUGUAGCCUGCUCAUCCUACUGUGGUUGUUCUCGCUGGCCAUCUUCGCACCACUGCUGGCAGUGACAGCAGUGGAGAGAGAAGUGGUGCCUUGGCUCUCGAGGACGAGGAAUGGAUCGGUGUGGGUGGAACGCAGCAUCGAGUUCUGCACGGAGAAGUGGCCGAACUCCAUGAGGAAGGAGCUCUUCGGCACCUUCAGCUUCAUCCUGGUCUAUGCCGUGCCAGGGUCUAUAGUUGUGGUAUCGUAUUCACUGAUGGGGCGCCGACUGUGCUCAGUGCUGCCGCCCUUCGACCAGACGGAGGGAAGCGCUAACAGCCAACAGAGGAUACGCCUGGUCCGAGAAAGGAAGAGGGUGGCGUGGAUCCUGCUCCUCUUAGCAGUGCUAUUUGCUCUCUGCUGGCUGCCGUAUAAUAUCCUGCAGCUUUUGGUCGACGUGAACGCGGUACCGGUGGAUUCAGUGUCGAGCGCGCUGCCGUAUACGCUUCUUCUGGGGCACGCGAACUCGGCCAUCAACCCGAUCGUGUACUGCCUGAUGACGCGCAACUUCCGCCGCUCGCUGCGCAAGCUCAUCUGCCACGACACCGGUAACAUAAACUCUAGUACUCUACUCCAUCAGGCUUAUCCCCAACAGAUGCGCGGAUUGCAUCAAAAGUCAACCACGUGUAGCUCGCGGACUUGCAGCACUCGGACUUGUAGUACGCGUACUUGUACUACACUGCAGUGCCGAGGCAGUCACCGGCGAUGCAGCAGCAUCCAGUACGGAAGGAGUGGCGGAUGGAAUCGGUACCAGAAGUCGCCGCAGUUUUUGUAAAUGACACCAGAUUACGAAAUUCCACCCUGUAUAAAGCAUCUUUAAAUUAAUGCUAUUAUUUAUCAUUGUCACUGGGCACAAUAACCUUCAUUUCGAAAUCGCUUCGCGGUGCGAACGGUCACGUACUUUGCAACUUUGUCUUGGCACUCUGAUAAUUUUGUAGUAAACGAUAAAUGACUAAAUACCUAUAUCGGUUUAUUUUAUUUUAAUGUAAACAACGAAAUUAUUACGAAUGUGUUUUAAAGGAAUCGAAUAAAAAUAUUAUUAUGUUUAGUAAUGUUUUUUAUUAAAUACAAAAUUGUGGUUUAGUCGUAGAGAGUAAGCAAAAAAAAGGGCAGGUAAUAAUUGUAAAAAAAAAAAACAUAAAUAAAAGCCUAAUGCUAAUGCAACGAGCAACGAUAAAAAUUUAAGCUUUUAGAUUUUUAAUUCUUAUUCUAGACCUGGCAUUUAAAUUUAUUAUAAUUAUGUACAAUAAUAAUAAUAAAGUUUAAACGAAUUGUAAAAAAGCAAAGUAAAAUGUAUGUAAGGUAUUUUUAUACGUGUGUGAUGUUUCAGUAAAUAAGGCAAUUGUAAUUACAUAGCCAUUGAAAGGUAAAACUUUUUGAAAGUAAAUGGGUCUUCAAUUAGAAAAGUCAAAUCCAUUUGAUUCAAUCCACAAUAAAUGCAGUCUUAGUUCUUAUUUCUAUUCAAAAUAUAUGUGUGAAGAAAUAGCGUUUUAGCAAUUAAUAAUAAAUAGUAUGUAAAGAUUAGUUUC